AUGGUCGUAGUCGCCACUAGCGAACCAUUGAGUCACUCCAUCUCUGACAUGAUUAUAAUAUCUGUGAGUGACAUUUAAGACUAGACAUCAAAAUUUAUCUAAAUCGAAUCGAACAAUUGUUGGUUUUGUAUUUAAUUAUCAGGGUGCCUACCGUUAUCUUCCAAUUUCAUUUUGUGAUCCAUUGUUAUUAAGUAUACGAUUGUUUAAAAUGGAAUCUACAUUAUCUGUGAACGACUUGCUCCCCGACAAUAUAACUAAAUUGAACUACACCCUUAUUCCUCCAGGAAUAAAAGGAAAUACCAACUGGAACAUGAGGGUCAUUCAGGACACCCUAUCGAGGCUGAUCAACCACCUCGGAGCGCAAUCUGCGGCAGCGCAAGGGCUCAAGAACAUCAUCACUACGGCUGAGAAGCUGCGCAACUCUCCCACCCACAUUCUCUACCUGCUCAAAGACGCCGAGGCUAAAGGGGGCGCGGGGGAGCUGAUCGGGCUGCUGAAGGUGGGUCGCAAGCACCUGUACCUGUACUACAAGGACAAAGUGUGCGAGGUGGACCCUCUGUGCGUGCUGGACUUCUACGUGGCGCAGGACCGGCAGCGGCGCGGGCUGGGCCGCGCGCUGUUCUCGCACAUGCUGGCCGAGCUGGGCGCGCAGCCGUGGCAGCUGGCCGUCGACGGGCCCUCGCCCAAGAUGGAGCAGUUCCUGGCCAAGAACUACGGCAUCGACCAGCUGCUGCGACAAAAUAACAACUUCGCCGUUGCGCCCAAUUUCUUCGACAGCCUGCGGGACGUCAGUAAAGCCGAGCCGGCGCCGCCGCCGCCCGCCGCCGUGGGCCGCUUCUCCGCGCACAAGCCGCCCUCCUCCAUCGCGAACGUGAUCCACGGCGACGCGGCGGGCUGCGCCGACGCCGACUCGCGAAUGUCCAGAUCGUCCACGCCGGCCGCGUCGCCCGAGCCGGCGGCCUCCCCCGAGCCGGCCGCGUCGCCCGAGCCGCCCGCGCCGGCCGACGCGGCCGCAGCGGCGCGGCCCGCCUCGCUGGCCGUGGCGCCCGCGCCGGCGCCGGUCCUGCUCAACAACCAGGUGUCGCCCGCGAACGCCGCGUCGCCCGCCGGCCUCUCGCUGGCGCGCCGCGACUCGCAACUCACCGACUUGGGAUUCUUAGACGUCAAGUUCUAUCACAACAAGCUGUGGUAGGCGCCUCGCAGCUCGCAAACCACACUUGACUGGUCAACUUUAUUUUCAAAUUCUUUUUUAUAUCUAUUGUUAAAAAGAAACAACAAUACUCAACACAUUCCUUUGUUAACAGCCGAUUAACGCUUGUAGCUUCGAGUACAUUACUGUAUCAUUGUUAUAUGUGUUCCAUUACAAUAUGAUGUCUUUAUACCUAGAUGUCUUCUACUAGUUUAAAACUCAUAAUAUGUAACCCAUUAUAAGAGGGUUAUAAAAUUUAAAUUUCAAAUAGAUAAGGUUAUAAAAAAAAUGUAAUCCACCGUUAAGAUUAAAAUUUAAUCAAUCCCAGGCUCAUAAUUCACACGUAGAUUGGAUUUGCAAUUUUAAAAUUGAACUCGUUCCCACUGUUACACUGUUGUAUAGACCUGACGACUGGGGCGCAACGGGGCGACGGUUCAGGCGGCCUUCAGGUCGGGAUGUAACUUUUAAAGUAGCAUUUAAUCCACAUAUCGCUUGCUAUCUACUCCGAAUAUACACGCAUUUACUAGUGUUUAAUUCAAAGUAAUGCCCUGUUCUUAAAAGCUCAAUGAAAUGUAUACUGUAAUUGAUGGUUUAAUUAAACUAAUUAGUAACUUGAAUUUGA